CUCCCUUCGAGAAAUUUCGCGGCUUCGUCUCGUUUCCUAAACACUCAUUCCCAGGAGAGAUUCUACGCACGCGCCGCCGGAGGAGGAGAAGUUUAGCGUGAGGAGUAGCAGGAAAAAGAGAGAAUCUCUUCGUUUCGAUCGAAUCGUCUUAGAGAUGGCGACAGGCGCGGUCUCCCCCAUGGCGGCGAAACAAGCCGAGCGGUUAAAGGAAGACGGCAACAACUGCUUCAAGAAAGAACGCUUCGGCGCCGCCAUCGAUGCUUACACAGAGGCGAUAACGUUGUCACCGAAGGUUCCUGUUUACUGGACUAAUCGAGCUCUCUGCCACAUGAAGCGAAAGGAUUGGACUAGGGUUGAAGAGGAUUGUCGCAAAGCUAUUCAGCUUGACCACGAUUCUGUUAAGGUUUUGAUUUUUUUUUUUUUUUUUUUUUUUUUUUGUUCUUGGCUCUCCCUCUUAUUAGGAUUGUUACAUUUGUGUUCUAUGUGGCAGGCACACUACAUGCUAGGUCUUGCGUUAUUGCAGAAGGAAGAAUAUGCUGAUGGAGUCAAGGCGUUGCAAAGGGCUUUGGAUUUUGGAAGAGGCGCAAAUCCAACAGGAUAUAUGGUUGAAGAAAUAUGGGAAGAGCUUUCUAAAGCAAAAUACAUGGAGUGGGAACUGCUUUCCGCGGGGCGCUCGUGGGAAUUGAAUAGUUUGAAGGAAACUUGCGUGGCUGCUCUUAAUCAGCAACGUGCUUUAGAUAUGUCUCGAACAGAAGAGUCCUCGGAAGAAGACUACUCUUCCCAUACUGAUCAGUUGAAAGCUCUUGAUCGAGUUUUUGAGAAAGCUGCUGAAGAAGACAAACCAACUGAGGUUCCAGAUUACUUGUGUUGCAACAUUACUCUUGAGAUAUUCCGAGAUCCUGUGAUUUCUCCAAGUGGGGUUACAUAUGAAAGAGCAGCAAUCCUUGAACAUAUUAACAAGGUGGGAAAGUUUGAUCCUAUAACGCGUGAGGAACUCGACCCAUCCAAACUCGUUUCAAAUCUGGCUAUCAAAGAGGCAGUGGCUGCGUAUCUAGAGAAGCACGUCUGGGCUUACAAAACGGGUUGUUGAUUCAGAUGGGCCUUGAACAUACACACAAUGAAGCGGGAGAGAUAUUGAGUUUAACUACUCAGUGUUUGAACAAAACAGACUUUUGAAGUUGCCGUUUUCAGUUUCGUGUGUUUUCUGCUACUAGCCAAUGGUUCAAGUGUAAGAUACUCUUACCUUGUAUAUAUAUUUAUUUUGCACACAA